CUGUCGUGUUCUUAUAAUGGAUUAAACAUAACUUUUAAAAGUCUGUGCAAUUGUUCUUCUUAUAUCUUACUUAUCUGCUAGUAGCUAAUUGCUUAAGAAACAUAUUCGAGUAGUUGUCAAAGAUGUUUACUGGAGGUGGAUUGAAUACAUCUAGCUCCUUUGGGGCCACAGUUACGCCUUCAUCUGCGAAUCCAAUGAAAGACUUUGAAGUAUCAUCUCCCCCUGAUGAUUCUAUCUCAUCUUUAUCUUUCAGCCCUUCUACUCUUCCACAGAAUUUUCUUAUAGCUGGAUCAUGGGAUAACAAUGUAAGGUGUUGGGAGGUUGAACAAACAGGUAAGACCAUUCCCAAAUCCAUGCAGACUAUGCAAGGGCCAGUACUAGAUAUUUGUUGGAGCGAUGAUGGUACAAAAGUUUUUAUGGCAGCUUGUGAUAAAAUGGUUAAAUGUUGGGAUCUGGCCAGUAAUCAGACGAUACAAGUUGCUGCACAUGAUGCUCCUGUGAAGACCUGUCACUGGAUUAAGGCUACUAAUUAUACUUGUCUUAUGACUGGUUCUUGGGAUAAAACUUUAAAGUUUUGGGAUACCCGGAGUCCUCAACCUAUACGCCAACUUCCACUUCCUGAACGAUGUUAUUGUGCUGAUGUUGAUUAUCCGAUGGCAGUUGUUGGAACGGCUGCUCGGGGUCUGAUUAUAUAUCAGUUGGAAGGUGGUCCACAAGAAUUUAAAAGGGUUGAAUCUCCCCUCAAAUAUCAGCAUAGGUGCGUUGCUAUUUUCCGAGAUAAGAAGAACCAACCAACGGGUUUUGCCCUUGGAAGUGUGGAGGGUAGAGUUGCCAUCCAGUAUGUUAAUCCACAAAAUCCCAAAAAUAACUUUACUUUCAAGUGCCAUAGGACCAAUGGAACAGGAGGUUACCAGGAUAUUUAUGCAGUCAAUGAUAUAGCAUUUCAUCCUACCCAUGGUACAUUGGCUACUGUUGGAUCUGAUGGGACUUUCAGCUUUUGGGAUAAGGAUGCUAGGACAAAAUUAAAACCUUCUGAAGUAAUGGAACAACCAAUUACUCGAUGUGCUUUCUCUCAUAAUGGACAGAUUUUUGCUUAUGCAGUUAGCUAUGAUUGGUCCAAGGGACAUGAGUUUUACAACCCUGCUAAGAAGAAUUACAUAUUUUUAAGACCUUGUUACGAAGAAUUAAAGCCAAGGCAGUCAACCUAAAAUAUUAUUAUUACAUGUUUUUUGUCAUGGCAUCAGAAUAUUAUGUGAUAAAUCUGAUAAAGUUUCUGUAUUGUAUUUCCACCGUACUCUGUUUUACCUUACAAUAAUUUAUUUUUUAAAAAGUAAUAUUUGUUAAGUUAGGACAAAUAAUACAUUUUAACUUUAAAAAGUACCAUUUGUAGAUACCUGACAUUGAAUUAUUCAUGGAUUUUCACACUUGUACAUUACUGUUGUAUACUUUUUUGUGAUUCCAUUUAUUGUAUGAAACCAUGCUAAUACAAUUAGU